AUGCUAAAAAAUCAGACAAAUUAUACUGAAAGAGAUCGUAGUUUAAUAAAACAUACAAAGGGACAUAAAAGAAGACAAGGAAAUAAACGUCAUAAAUUACUUUUAACUUGUGUUGUUUGUAAUGGUGAUGCUCAUGGUUAUAAUUUUGAUGCAAUAUCAUGUGAAUCUUGUAAAGCUUUUUUUCGUCGAAAUGCAUUACGACCAUCGGGAAAAUUAAAAUGUUGUGGUAAUGGUCAAUGUAAUGUAUCGUUUGAUCAAAAAAGACGAUGUAAAAAAUGUCGUCUAGAUAAAUGUCUUCAAACAGGUAUGCGUAAAGAAUGGAUACUUACAGAAAAAGAAAAACAAGAAAAACGAUUUAAAAUCGAACAAAAUCGUCGUCUUAGACAAAUUCAUGAUGAUGAUGAUGGAGGACAUUCACAAGAAAUAAACAGACACAUUAAAAUUGAAAAUGAUUUGUCUACAGAUAUUCAAAAUUUUUCAUCAUUAACUGUCUCUCAAACAUCUUUGACAGAAAUCGAUUGGUCAAAGAUUGAAUUUCUUCAAAGUGCAUAUACUGAAGCAGUUAAAUUAAAUCAAACAGCUGGUAUAUCACAAUAUCCAUUUGUUCAAUCAAUUAAUUCAACACUAGAAUUGUUUCGUGUACCAAUGUAUAUAUCGUCAAUGCGUUUAAUAACUUUUUUUAAACAAAUACCAGAAUUUCAACAAUUAGAUAAAGAUGACCAAGUUUAUUUUGUUAAAUUAAAUACAUUAACUAUUGCUUUUUUACAUUCAAUACAUAUAUAUGAUGAUAAAAAUGAAAUAUAUCAUGAACCUGAUACAAAUGAUCCAUUAUUUUUAGAAAAAGAUUGGAUAAAUACAAUUAAUAAAGAAUUUCAUGAUGAAAUGAAACAAAUCCAAAAGAAUUUUCUUCAUAUAAAACAAUUUGAUGAUAAAAUAAUGAAAAUAUUUUUUUUAAUUAUGCUUUUUUCUAAUCAUUUUACUUUUAAAUAUUCAACAACAAAUAUUAAUACAUUAAAUAUAUUUAAAGCACAAAAUGUUUAUAAUGAAUUAUUUUAUAAAUAUUGUUUACAUCAUUAUGGUUUUUAUAAAUCAUCAAUGUUAUUAUUACAAUAUACAAGUAAUAUAAUGAAAAUACAAAAAUUAAUAAGUGAACUUAAAUUAACAGCAUGUAAUUAUAUGGAUAUAACACAAUUAACACCAGUCAUGCAAAGUCUUUUAUAA